AUGUUUAUAGAAGACAUUAAAAACGACUUUUACAACGUCCUCCUUGGUAACGGUUUGUUUAAAAGUGAUAAUAUUUCGUAUACAUUGGUCCCUGUGGGGGGUAUUGCGGAGUUGAAGCAAGCUUACGAAGAGAACAAUGAGGAGAUAAAGUAUGUGGUGUUGGUGAACUGUGGAGGAACCAUAGACUUGGUAGAUAUCCUGCAGCCUGAAGAAGAGGUUGUAUUCUUUGUGCUAGAUGCCCAUAAACCUACUGAUGUGUGCAAUGUGUAUAGUGAUGGACAGGUGAGACUAGUUUAUAAGGAUGAUGAGGAGAACAUUCCCAACUUUGAUGACAUCUUCAGAGAUGAUGAAGAGGAGGAGGAUGAAGAGGCAGGGAGUGGUCGAGAGGGUCUGGAGGCAAUGGUGGAGAAGAGACGCGAGCGGCGCGCUUGGGAGGAGAGGAGGAAUACACUCAUGUUCAACUACACACAGUUCUCUUACUACGGGAAACCGAGCGCGUGUGUAGCGGUGGAGCUGUCGUGGCGCGUGUCGCGCGUGUGGUGGGGCGCGCUGUGGGCGGGCGCCGUGGCGGCGGCGGCGGCCGCGGCCGGCGCGGGCGGCGGGGCGCGCGCGCCCGCGCAGGCACUGCUCGACCACCACCAUCUGCACACCAAGGCGCCGCGGGAACAUGACCAAUAUGUACGGGGUGCCCGCGUGACCCUGGAGAAGGACGUGAACCUGCCCCUAUACCGCGUGUGGUCGCUGGAGGCGGCCCUGCUGCACGCGCCGGGGCUGGCGCCCGCCCUCAGGCUGCACACGGUGGCCGGACACGCGCGCCUGCGGCAGCUACUGGCUGAUACUGGCAUUCCCCUCCAGCAAGCUCGUCAAGCCUACCGGUCAAUGGACGUGGAACUCCGGCGCUCCCUGCUGACAUCACUAGAGACUGCGGCGCCCAAACACAAGCUGCCCGUACCCAGCCACACUACCUUCCUACUGCAGCGGGUACACUCGCCUACUAUAGCUGCCAUCGACAUCGUCUACGCUAUAAUGGGACUUAUUGAACAUGAGACGAUACCAAAAGCGGAAGGUUUCCAGUUAGCUCUAGAAUGUCUAGCGACAGAGACGGGAGACAACGAAAGCCGGAGACUGGGCUGGCAGGCCGCGCAGCGCGCGCUCGAGGCCGUCGCCAGGCUCGUACACUCCACGCUCAGCGGACGGAAACUGCAUCUCGCCGGACCAUUCAGCUACUUCAUUGUGCAGGAGGGCACCCCGGAGGCGCGCGUGGUGCGCGGGGCGUGGUGGCUGUGCGUGGCGGCGCGCUGGGUGUCGCUGUGCGGGGCGGGCGCGCGCGCCGUGCUGGCCUCCGCGCCCAGCGGCCCGCACUCCUGCAUCCUGCUCGGGGUGCCGCCGCGACACCUGCACGAACCCAGGAAUCUAUUCGGCGCAGCGUUCGAGCAAGCUGCGACCAAGUGCGGCGCGUCCGUGUCGUUGGACCACGUCGACACUUCCAUCAUCACACUCCCACUCGCGCAGAGGGCGCAGUUUCUGGACGCCCUCACUGCCUUACUGGCGUAAUGUUACAUAAUAUAAAGUAGUCCAAACUGGUCAUAAGGUAGGAAAAUAAUUAUAUAAGGAAAUAAUAACAUUUAUAAUGAUGGCUUUUAUGAUAGAUCCUAUCCCAGUUUAAUAAAAGUUUUCGACUAUAUUUGAAAUUCUCUGUGCCUAAGGCUAUAGACAGACGGACCAC